GACUAUUUUCAACCGCCAAAAUUAUUGUCAUUUUUUCGCCGACCCACAGAAUUUGCUGUCGUUACGAGAAAACGGUUAUUUUCCACAUUAUUUCGGACUAAUUAGCGCUAGAAGUGGUCGAAAACGCGUGCUAGACAUUUGUUUGAAGUGAAUCAAAAUUAAAAUCGUGUAAUCAUGGCAAAAGUGCACAUAACCAAUGUUGUUGUAUUGGACAAUCCGAGUCCGUUUCUCAACCCUUUCCAAUUCGAGUUAACGUUCGAAUGUAUCGAAGAACUAAAGGAAGACUUAGAAUGGAAGAUGAUAUACGUUGGUUCAGCAGAAACAGAGGAACACGAUCAAGUUUUAGACACGAUUUACGUAGGACCUAUCCCAGAAGGCAGACACAUGUUCGUAUUUCAAGCCCCACCGCCGGACGUAACUCGAAUCCCAGAAAACGACGCUCUGGGCGUUACAGUGGUGCUCCUAACAUGUUCAUACAGAGGCCAAGAGUUCGUUAGAGUAGGUUAUUUCAUUAAUAACGAGUAUUCAGAGUCGGAACCGGAGCUACGUGAAAAUCCGCCUGCAAAGCCUCAAUUUGACAAAGUAGUGAGGAAUAUACUCGCUUCUGAGCCUAGAGUGACUAGAUUUAAGAUUAAUUGGGCGGAACCUGACGCGGCGGCGGCUGCGGACUCCGGGGACGGGAACUUAGAGACAACACAUGCACCUAGUAAUGAUUCUUAUGGAGCCUCGUUUAAUGCUGAUAGUCAGAUCAGUGGGAUCGAGUUCCAAGGAAGUUUGAGUGGUUACGGAGAUAAUUCAAAUUCUAUAGCCCCUAUGGAGUGCUGAGAUUACCAAAUAUUAGAGCUGAUUGAAUAGGUAUCUGCAGAAGAUGAAGUGAUUAAACACUUUGUGCUUGGACUCGUAAUCUUGUAUAGUGUACACAAUGGACUGACAAUUUUAGACAGUCUGAAGUUACUGUUUAAUAGACACUUAUUUCUUCUUUAAGCUUAGAGCUCUGCCUCAUUUAGACGCCAUGGCGACGUCGCCGGCUACGUAUCCAAGAAGUUAAUAUUGAAAUGUAUGAUACAUUUUAUUAAUUUUAAAAACUGCUGGGAGUGGUGACAUAAAGGCGAGAUUCCACCAAAACGUAACUGUUUCCGCACAUUUGUUCGCGAACAACAAAUGUGUACGUUACGUCGCGAGUCCACAGCUAACAUGUGUUCGCGCACUACGGUUGCAGUGUCGCGGACAUGUUAGUAAUGUUCGCGCGCAAUGUGUUACUGUUUGCUACAGCGAGUACACCACGAGAUACAGACAUGUGCGUCACAGUGCCUCACACCUGUGGAAUCUCGCUUUUUAAAUGCAGGCAAAACUAAUUUAACUUCAAAUUAUGUAUUUUAUGUGCUCUUACCUUUUCUUUUUAAGGCUUUUUGAUUUAUAAUUUCAUUGUGUGUCUGAUUUUUCUGCAUGUUUGUUAAUUGCAGUAGUUGUCCAAAUUAUAACUUAUACGGUUGGCAUAUUUUUUUCUUUGAGUAUAAUAAUUUCAAAAUUACUGUAUAUUUGAAGUGAAAACUUGACAUAUCUACCCCCUUAUGUUUCUAUAUUGGUUUAUUUCUUUGUAUCUUUCUUGCAUGCAUAAUUUGUGUGAUCAAAAUUUAUUUAAAGUAUUUACUUAACUAUAUUUUUGUAUUUUUAUCGUCAUUUCAAGUUUUUAUUGAAUAGUAACUUUGUUGACUGUUUAAAGAAUUUGUAUUUUUGUGAUUAAUUAAGCUUAUUAUGUUAAUUAGGAGUUGUUAGCUUAAUUUUAAUAGUACAAUAGAAAAUUUAAAAGGUUAGGUUAGAAGACCUAAGCGGAGCGAAAAUAAUGUCUUCAGUUUGGUUUAUACACGAGAAAUAUCAAUAUAAUCUAGCUGAAUAAAUUAUUUUAUAGCAAAUUAACUAUUUGCCAAAAAGUACGAAAUUAGUUGGCGAACAUUUCAAAAAAAAAAUUGCUUCAGUGCGAGUCCACAGCUAGCAUGUGUUCGCGCGGCGGUUGCAGUUUCGCGGACAUUGUAGUAAUGUUCGCGCGCAAUGUGUUACUGUUUGCUACAGCGAGUACACCACGAGAUGCAUUUGUGUGCGUCAAAUUACCGCAUAAAGAGAGAAUCUCGUAUUUUCUAAAUCUUCUUUUGUGCUUUUAGAUAUUAUACAGUACUUUUAGAUAUUAUACAAUUUGAUUUACCUACAUAUUUCAUUUUGUUUAUAAUAAAUAUCCAGUCGCUAUUAUACAAUUUGAUUUACCUACAUAUUUCAUUUUGUUUAUAAUAAAUAUCCAGUCGCUCCGCUUAUGUUAAGGACGCUAACUUAGGCGUGUUUUACCUAAACAAUAUUAAGACAAAGAGUAGAAAACUUAAAAAAAAAACAGUGACAAGGCAAUAAUCCGAGUAAAAUAUAAAUAUUAUUAUGUAUAAUUAUGAUUUAGCUGUAUAAAAGUAAAAUAAACGUGAUUUUUUCCUAACCAAUGUUAUAAUUGCCACAGUGUGUUUGUUACUCAGGGCUGCUAUCUCGAAUUUCGCCAAACCCGGACAAACAUUAAAAAACCCGGACAUUUGGGAGGAGUCCACAUUUAUUUUUAAACAAAACAAGACCUCAUUUUUAAUCCAUUUACUUAUUACCAUAUACUUAAAUUCAGUCAGGUGCUUCCUUACAUGAAAAGGGACACUUUUCUCUUGAAAUCCCGCCUGGACGGCCUCCAAACGAGGAUAAAUCCGGGUAAACCCGGACGGAUGGCAGCCCUACUCAAACUUAACGUAAUAUUUAUAGAUUAACGACUGUUUCCCAUAUUCUAUCUAUCUGUUAAUUUGCUUACCAGAGAUAUAAUUUUGACAUUAAAAAGAUAUAUGGAUAGAAUAUUAGGGAUUGGCCCGUUAAGGAGUCUAGGAAGUAGUUAUCUCAAGGACGCGGGUGAAACCUCGGGCAACUGCUAGUAAAUAGUACUGAGAUAUUUAACAAAUAAUUUAUGAGAUAUAGUAACUGGUAAAACGGUUUCACCUAUGUCCGGGGAGAACCACUUCUCGAGUAAAAAAUUCUCACAGUUCUGAUCGAUCGAUAUGUAUACCGAAUUUCACUCAUAGGGCACUGUAAGUUUUGUGCAGUUGACAGCUGCCAAUUUUCAGGGGAAAAUUGCAUUUUGUAUUGACUGACAACUUUCAACUGCACUAAGAAACGGUCAUACUAUAAAUCGGUUCAAUAUUUUAUCGGGAACAGACAUUUUUUUUGUUUUGUGUGCUGAUUAUCAAUUAGCAUGUGUUUCUAAAUUAUGUAUUUAUAAACGAUACGAUAUUAGGUAUUUAAGACAAAAUGCAGGCAUUUCUGUAUAUGUGCUUUUUAGAUAAAAGUUGUUUUGUUUCCACUGUAGGAUGUCAAACAAAGUGACUUGCCAAUUUGAUUGUAUUUUAACCGAUUUCCCAAAAAAGGGAGUAGGUUUUCAAUUUGGACGUUUGUAUUUUUUUUAUUUACAUAGCUUGUAAUAAAUCUAGUUUUUAUACUGUAUAGUACAAAUUCUGUUUUGAAAGUUUUGUGAUGGAACCUAUCUCAUGUAGCAAGUAAGCUCGACUCAUGUUUUUUUUAGUUUUUAGCACCUAUGUGUUAGAGUGCAAAUGUUUUUCAAUAAACUUUUCCCAUUUACACAUAAAACCAAAAAUUUGACGUCCUCCAAUGGAAACAAAUUCGACAUUUAGUUCUCUUAUGGCAAGAUUCUACCAAAAUUGUUCGCGCACAUUUGCUCGUGAACAAAUGUGUCCACAGCUAGCAUGUGUUCGCGCGGCGGUUGCAGUGUCGCGGACAUGUUAGUAAUGUUCGCGCGCAAUGUGUUACUGUUUGCUACAGCGAGUACACCACGAGAUACAUGCGUGUGCGUCACAGUGGAUGUAUCGAAAAAUUGUAAAUGGUUGUAAAUAAUUUGUACUCUCAAUAAUGUAUUUACGUUUAAAAUAACAUAACUUAAUUAAUAAAUAUUUUAGUUUUAAUAACA